AUGCCCACCAUCCUAAUCUCUGGAGCAGCCUCUGGUUUAGGACGUGCCUUUCUGGAAGCAUACUCGCAAGAACACAUCAAUACUAUAAUAGCCAUUGACCGGGAACAAAUUCAUCUCUUCGCAACUUGUGCAGCCACUAUAUCAUCACACAUUGUUGAUGUGACUGAGGAGAAGUCUAUCAACAACCUUGCCACUGCAUUGGAAGGCACUCCAAUUGAUCUUUUCAUUCACAGUGUGGGUAUCCGAGGUCUAGUGCCUGCUGUGGAAAAUGCUCAACCUGAAUCUGUUGCUGCCGCUGAAACCCUGGACGUUAUGGACUUGUCAACUCUCAUGCACACCUUCCAGGUGAACGCUGCUGGUACUUUUCUUCUCAUUCGAUCUCUUCUUCCAAACCUUAGACGCGCGGAUGCUGCCAAAGUCGUGAUCAUGUCGUCAAGAAUGAGAAGUCUUGGAUACAAUACGACUGGUUCUGCUUAUGCAUACAGAGCGAGCAAGGCCGCCCUCAACGCCAUGAUUAAGAGUUUCAGCAUUGACGUGCCUGAGGUUGUAUUCGUGCUCUGCCAUCCAGGACGUGUGGAGUCAAGACUAGUCAAGUACAAAGAAGAGGGCGCCAUCAGUGCAGAAGAAAGUGUUUUGGGGUUACUCCCGCUUGUGCAGAGCUGGGACAAGAAUGACAGUGGUCAGUUCUACGACAGAUUUGGACAACCCAUAGUCUGGUAG